AUGAAGUCUGUCUUCGGAUUGACGGCCGUUUGUGCCGUGGCCAACAUGGGCUCGGUUCUCGCUGCCCCAGGCGGCAGUCCUUCCAGCGAUGUGUGGGAGAAACUGAGGGGCAAUGUCAAGCAUGUUAUCUACCUCAUGAUGGAGAACCACUCCUUCGACAACAUUGCUGGAUACUGGGAUUUCCAUCCUGAUAUCGACAACCUGGUCCAUCUCAAGGAGCCCUUCUGCAACCCAUACAGUAACCCUAACUGGACUGUCUAUGGCGAACCUUACUCAAUCUGUGCUGCACCUAACGAGGGUUUGGUACCCUACGACGACCCUGACCACGACUUUGCCGGUACCAACUAUGAGAUUUUCCAGACCUACUACCCUACCAAGGACUCUGUUCCUACCAUGCAGGGUUUCGUUGACCGAGAGUCUGCCAGAUACGGCCUCACUCCCGGUCAGUCUGCUUUCGUCAUCAAAGCCUUCGACGAGAAGAGGACCUCCACUCUGGCUGAGAUCGCCGAGAACUUUGUUUUCUUUGAUCGCUACUUCGCUGAGCACCCUGGCCCAACCAAUCCUAACCGCCAGUUUGCUACCUCGGGUUCCAGCUGUGGUUUUGUCGAUGACACCACUCAGGCUGCUGGUUUCUUCAACAAUGUGACUGGAACUACCUGUGCCAUGUCUAUCUUCGAAUCCCUCUCGAAGGCCGGAAUCUCCUGGAAGAACUACUAUGAGUCUGACAUCGUUGACGCCUGGAACUACGAGUGGGUUCAGAAGAAUGCCAUGGACAAACUCACGCCCGCCGACAACUUCUACAAGGAUCUCCAGGAGGGGACCUUGCCACAAUUCUCGUACAUCAACCCUGAAUGCUGCACCGUCGAUUCUAUGCACCCGACUUCCAACAUUGCUGCUGGCUCUGCCAUGAUCAAGCAUUUGUACGACGCUGUCCGUAACUCCCAGUACUGGGACAACGUCUUGAUCAUCCUGAACUUUGAUGAGCACGGCGGUUUCGCGGACCACGUCGCCCCUCCCAUGAAUAUCCCUAUUCCUGAAGACAAAAUCGCCUUCGACGGUGACUCAGAGGGAUUCAACCUUACCUACAACUUUGACCGCCUCGGUAUCCGCGUUCCUGCUUUCUUGAUCUCUCCUUGGGUCCCCGCCAACAUGUUGAUACACGAAGAGGGUACCAUGUAUGACAGCAAUUCUGAGUACACCCACACCUCUUUCCUUCAUUUCCUCCAGAACCUCUGGGGACUUGAGGGUCUGAACAACCGCGUCCAGUGGGCCAAGACUUUUGAACAGGUCUUCACAGAGAAGCCCCGUACGGACGCGCCCAAGAACCUCACCCGUCCUGUCUGGUACGGUGGUAGUACUGGUCCGCAGCCCGAUGAGUUCUACCUACUGAACCAGCCGUACUCCUACUACGCCGACCUCCCUUAG